AUGACAGUCACGAAGUCCAAAGAUGGCACCCCUGCAUGGGAUGGUACUCCGUCCACUUGGUCGGAGUACCGCAGGGCUGCCUACAUGUACGAGGAGACGGUGAAGUGGGAAAGUCGCUACCUAUGUGGUCCAAGGCUGGCAGCCGAGCUGACUGGAGCGGCACGCACCGCAAUAGCAAACAAGAAGCGAGGCUGGCUUUCGUCCCAGGAUGGCGUUGGCAAGCUUCUGCGCUGCUUGAAAGAGACGAUGAGCGAGCCAGCCCUUCCGGAGAUCUCCAACCAGCCCAAGACCUACUUCAAGCUGCUGCGGCGCCGCCGCGGCGAAUCCAUGGUGUCGUUUUGUGUGAGACACCGGGAAGAGUACGCACGGACCUGCAAAGCCCUGACUCGCGUGAUGCGAGAACAAAAGUCACUUCCUGACAUGACCAGCCAGGCGACGCCCACUGAAGACAAUGGUGAGGAAGCCCAGGAUGAGACCGAAUGGACCUGGGAUGAUGCUUGGUGGUGGUCGACGUGGGAGACCACAUGGAACUGGAACCUCCAGUCCAAUACCAGCAUCGCCGAAGAAGAUGAAGAUGAUGAGGAAGAUUUCGUCGAGAUCCUGCCGGACGUCAUCAAGGGUUGGCUUCUCCUGGAAAAGGCCAACCUGGACGGCAUGGAGCGCAGUCUGAUUCAGAGCGAGGUCAAGAACAAUUUCUCUCUCGCCAACGUUGAAGUCGCCCUUCGGAGCCACUUCACUGAUGAGACCAUCAAGAAGCGAGAUGGAGAAGCCAAACAGGCUCUCUAUGAAAAUGAAGAAGAUGAGACGGAGCCAUGGGAAGAAGACACCAGCUUCUACGAGGACCUCCCCGAGGAUGCUUUAGCCCUGUACCAACAGGCUAAACAUGAAGAACAUGAGGCCUGGGCUCAACUACAGCAAGCGAGGGUGACCCUUCGCGAAGCUCGGGCCAAGCAGCAUGAGGUGCGGAUGGGACGUCGCUUCUAUGCGCCAUCCGCAGAUCGUGGCAAGGGCUACUCCAAGGGGAAGGGCAAAGGAGGCAUGGGGGACCGACGGCCAAACAACACCACGAGCUCAACCAGAACCGGAGGACCGUGUGCUCGCUGUGGAAAAGAUCAUGAUACCUCUCAUUGCCCCAGGAAGAAUGAGGACGGCAAGAACUAUGAGGCCGUUGAACACUCCGAGUACGUGUAG